CUUACAGUCACUGACGGUCAUAGUUCAUUCCAACAUGGCGGAAUUUCACGGCUAGCAUGUGAGCUAGUUAGCCAAGUAGCUGAAACACUUGGGGGGAAAUAGAUUUGUGGAUUGUACUCUGCAUAGGAAAUUAAGUCUUCAGAUAUGUAGCAACAUAUACAUCAGAAAAAUGUUUCGUUUGAGAGGAAAUAUCAUGGGAUCAUCGUUGUCUUUACAGAAGCUGUGUGUCCUGUACCUGGGAGGGCGGAUCUCUCAACAGUUUCAACUGGCGCGGGUAAAACCUUACCUCAGACUAGGAACUAUCUGUAGAGUCACAACUGAAGUUGGAUCAACCACUCCAACUCCUCCUACUCUGAAUACCUCAGCCACCACAGACAGUAGCCCUGAGUCUAGCUCUGGCCACUGUAGCUCUGACCCCCCUCCUGCCAAGGCCGUUGGCCCUCCACUCACCCCCACCCAUUGUUGUAUGAGCGGUUGCCAUAACUGUGUGUGGAUUGAACACGCAGAGCAGCUCCUAGAGUACUACCGUAACGGAGAGUUUGGGAAAGAGAGUGCCCUGGCUGCUAUUGAGGAGAACGUAUCAGAUGAGAACCUGAAAGCCUUCCUGAAGAUGGAGAUCAGGAUGAUGAUGAAGAAGUAGACUCUUUUUUUUGUGUGUGUGUGUGUGUGUGUGUUUGUGUGUCUGUGCAGAGAGGAAAUGGGGACAUUGAGGGCCUUUUGACACUAUGCAGUUUAAAACCACUCCCUCAGAUUUGAAUACUGGUAUGCAGUUUAUAGUACAUGUCUAUCAAACUGUCAUUUCACUUAGUCAUGGACAUUUCAACUAGUUUUUGUCAUCGCAUAAUAUUGCAUAUUCUAACCUAAUCUAUAGUAUUUUACAUGUGUAUAUCAUGUAUGAUUUAUAAUUUAAUUAAUGCAUAAAUAUAGCCUAGUGCCGUAGAAGCCUACUUUGUUGAGGCAUUCAAUAAUUGUAGGCCUAAUGGUUUAAAUGUUCACAUAAUCACAAUACAUUUGAUGUUUAAUUUAUUUAUGCCGUCUGACAGUGUGUUACUUUCUGCUAUGCUGUGACAAAUGAAGCUUAAAAAUAAGUUUCCCUGACACUUGAAAUAGAAUACGCACAGUUAUGUUUGGAUGUAAACAUUUUUAGGUGUAUGGAUUGAUUUUAUUUUAUUUUAGUUGGUGGUGGAUGAAUUGUUAAUUAUUUAAAUAUAAAUUGUAAGUGUAGGUUGAUGAUGGACAACAUUUGGUUUGAAAUAAAUAUUGUACUUGUGUGACUGAA